AUGGAGGACAGCGCGGAGCUGGAGUCGUUCCGCCGGCAGUGGCUGGCGGAGGUCUCCGCGCGGGCGGCACCAGCGACGCUGGCGGCCACUGAAGCCGCGGAACCGCCCAAGCCUGCGGGCCAGACGAGCCGUGAGCUCAGCCCCCGCCGGGCGGCGCAACCGCAACCGCAAUCGCAAGCCGGCACCACCCAGAAGGCCGAGGCGGUGGCGGAGGAGAAGGAGGAGCCCAGGGAAGCGGGCGGGCCGGGCGGGCUGGCGGCACGGACACAGGCGUUGCGGCUGACGGAUCACAAUGAGAACGAUACUGAGGAGGACGGGUUUGCAGCGGACGCGGGUGUGGCGGCAGUGCCGCGGUCGGCGCUGGAGCACUUCGAGGCGGCGGCGGCGCACGAGGCGCGCGGGCAGCUGGGCGACAGCGUGCGGCUGUACCGGCGGGCGUACCAGCUCGACGCCGGCGUCGACCAGGCAUACCGCCAGAAACACUGCCCGCCCGCACCCCCCACCGCAUCACCACCACCGGCAGCAUCCGCCACAUCACCCGCCCUGUCCACUCCCGCGCUGAUCGCGUCCUGCGCGGGCGCGCCCAUCACGCCGGCGGAGCCCCUUCUGCCGUGCCCGCUGGCGGCGCUGCCGGCAGAGCUGCUGGGCGAGAUCCUGGCGCACGCGGCGCUGCGCGACCCGGCCAGCCUGGCGCGCGCGGCGCGGGCGUGUCGGCGGCUGGCGCUGGUGGUGGCUCGUGACCAGCGCGUGUGGCGGCGCGUAUGCCAGGGCGGCGCAUUCGGACUGGCGGGCAUGCACUACGCGUGGGCGUGCGACGUGCACGGCGGUGAUGGUGGUGGUGGUGGUGGCCGUCUGGAGUGUCCCCCGCCCCGCGUCGUCCGCUGCCCGCCGCCGCCCGCACGCUCGUGGGCGCAGGCGUUCCGCACGUGCCCGCGCGUGCGCUUCACGGGCGUGUACAUCAGCACGGUCAACUACAGCCGGCCAGGCGCGCACGCGCCGACUGCCGCCGCCCGCGCGGCUGCCGUGGCGCCGGUGCACGUGGUCACGUACUUCCGCUACCUGCGCUUCUACGCCGACGGCGCCGUGCUGUCGCUGCUGUCCACCGCCGCGCCCGCCGACGUCGUGCCGCACCUCACCCGCGACGCCGUCCGCGCCGUCAAGUCGCCCCCGCACCAUCCCCACCCCCCCGCCCCCGCCUCCGCCGUUGACCCCGCCUCCGCCUCCGCCUCCGCUGUCUCCCCCAACCCGCUCCCGCCCGCCGCCGCCACCGCCCUCAAGUCCGCCCUGCGCGGCCGCUGGCGCCUGGCACCGCCCGACCCGCCCGGCCCCUCCCCCUCCCCCUCCCUCUCCCCCACCACGUCUCCCCCCCCCCACGGCCCGCCCACUACUCCCCCGCACGACCCGCGCGACGUGUUCAUCGAGACCGAGGGCGUCGACCCCAAAUACACCUACGCGCUGCACCUCUCGCUGCGCUCGACCACCGCCGCCGCCGCCAGCAACACGCGCCUGGUCUGGCGCGGCUUCUGGAGUCACAACCGCCUCACCGACGACUGGGCCGAGUUCGGCCUGCGCAACGACCGCGCUUUUGUCUUUCGCCGCGUGCGCGGCUGGGGCUUGCCGUGA